GUUUAUUUGUUUACAUUUUCUAGACUCCUAUUGUGCAGUUUAUGAUGUCGACUUCUUGCAUUUUAGUAAUCGUAUGCUUCAUUGCAAUUUUUAUAGCUAUUUUUAAAACAUUUUAUUCAAAAAGAUCACAAAAGAAAAGAGAUAAAACUAAACCUGAAGAUUGGGCAUCGGUUCUUAUCGUCAUUGGUUCAGGAGGUCAUACAACUGAAAUUUUAAGCUUAGUAAAAGCAAUGGGAAGUAACUAUAGCCCUCGGUACUACGUUCUAGCAGAAACUGACACAACAAGUGAAAAUAAAGUAAAGGAAUGUGAGAAACUAAAGGAAAAAUUAGGUCAUUCAUCACAGUAUGAAAUCUUUUACAUUCCUCGAAGUCGUGAAGUGAAGCAGUCCUAUUUGACCAGCAUCCUGACGACACUGAGAGCAAUUCUUUAUUGUUUGCCUUUAACCUUCAAACUGAGGCCAGAAGUGAUUUUAUGCAAUGGUCCAGGUACAUGUAUACCCAUUUGUAUUGCAGGGAUGUUUUUAAAGCUGUGGCAGACAACAUCAAUAGUUUACGUUGAAAGUUUCUGCAGAGUACAGAGCCUUUCGCUAUCUGGGCGACUACUGUAUCCCUUUAUAGACAGUUUUUUUGUUCAGUGGCCAGAGCUACUAUCCAAAUAUCCAAAUGCAAAAUAUGUAGGACGUUUAGUAUAACCCUGUUAUUAUUAUGAAAAAGUAUUAUUAAAAAAUAUAGUGUAAUUUAUUAAUAAAUUAUCAAUUUUAAUGAACUUGUGGUGUUUUUUUAAUAUUUCAAAAUUUAGAGAACUGGUAUAUUUGUUGGUUCGGUUUCCAACCAUUGGCCAUGAUUUCCUCCCAGAUUGGGAAAAAAAAAUGUUUGGGAAUUAUUUCAGAAUACUAUUAUCCAUGCAUACACUUAUGUCACAACUUGUUUUGGAAAGUAGUAUUGUCUCCUUAAGACCAUGGCAAAUGCAAGGUCGAAGGCACCUCUACUUAAACACACAUAGAAACACUGCAUAGAAUACAUUUUCCAUGAGUUUUAUGCUUCAGGGAUAAAGAAACAUGAAAUAUAAAAAAAACUUGUCCAUAUAGAAUAAUAAUUUGAUUGACAUAUAAUAUCGUUGAAUAAAAAAAAGCACAGUAAAGAUAAUGCCAGUGGAUAAAUAUCAAUCAUAAAAUAAUGACCCUGAUAAAGUUUUACUUCCCUUUUAUAGUGUCCUAUUACAUCAUCAUCAAACUCCAUUUGAGUGAGGGCUUGAGAGGUUCAAAUCCUCUCUUGCAAAAGCCCUAGUCAGAAACCCUGUUAUUUUGCAUAGUGCAUGUUUGUCACUCAUUUGUGGUUAUCAGACCUGUUGAGACAGAGAUCAGCAAGUCUAGGGCAGUCAAAAAGAUUAUAAGACAGUUUCCUCUUCUCCCCCGCAGCAGAGGCACAGUGACACGAAGUUUCAUUUUGUUUUAUUUAUAUUUUUGGAGUUUAGCCACACCUGCACAAUUUUAGGCCAUGUUGUGCCCUUAUGACAAAGUUUGGCCUGAGCCUUGCAAAAUAUGAACCAAUGGAACAGUGGCCUGUCCUGCAUUGUGCUAUCAGCCUCCAGCAGGGCACUCAGGGACUUCGCAGGCUUUUUGGGAGUUAAAAGACUUUAAUGAAUCGAUUAUAUCAUUGUUAAUCUUUUCUUCAAGCUUCUUAACCUUCUAUUUUUCUCGAAAUAUUCCUAAAUUACAUUUGUUUGCAUCAAUGUCUUUCCAAGGUCUGCAAGCCUUAUCAGUCCAACAAUAAACAAGUUUUUUUUAUGACACAUACACAAUGUGUCCUAAUAAUCAAGUCAGUUCUUCUAUGUCUGGCCAGCUGCUAUGUGUACUGUCAAGUGUGACACUACAGAUAUAUAUAUUUUAAAUCUAUGUAUAUGCAAUGAGCAUAAUAUGUGACUCUAUUAACAUGUAUUAAAAAGAAAUAGAAAAAAGAAAGCCAUGCUUUUAUUUUACAAAACCUUUGUAUGGAAAUGGUUUAUAUUCAUAAACUUUAUUGGUAUCAUGUGCAGUUUUGUGACUUCAUGAAUUUUUAAUUUUUUUUUUUAAAUAAGGAUAAUUGUAAAAAUGCUGAGACUUCAAAGUAGAUAUUAACUUUUUAUGUACAAAGUAGCAUUUUAUGAAAACACAUUGAAAUGUAACAAAGUUUACAAAAUCAUGAGUUGUCUGAGAAAGAAACAAAAAAAUCUUUAAGGCAAAGUAUAAAAUUAAAGUCAAUUAACCCCAGAGCACAUGCAAUUAAAAAAAAAAAAAAGAACGAAAAAGAUAAGAAAAAAAAAAUUCAAAAAUAAAUUUCAAUGAAAUGCAUUCUCAAAUGCACACACAUCAAAAUCAUGUCAUCAAUACCAAUGUUAUUAGAAAUACAAUACUAAUUUCAAGAAAAUGUAAAAGAUAAAUAAUUGAAUAAAAAAUGGUGAAAGACAAUUUUGUACAUUAUAAAAACUCAAAAUGUUUAGUUUAAACAGAUGCCAGUCCUUUCAUUCAUUGCACCACAUUGUGUGUUAUGUUAAAUGUUUAUCUUAACAUACUUUCAAUAUACAAUACAUUACAUUAUAAAUUUUUAUGCUAGAAUUCACAGUAUCUGGAAUGUAUGUGGCUAGAAGAAUGUGGCAAGAGGGGGGCAAAUUGUGAAAAAGGACCUUUCUUUAUUAAUACUUAACUUUAUUUGCCAUAAUUAAUACCUGAGAUCCAAUCAUAGCAAGGUUCUUUCUUGGCA